CGCGACUUCGACUUCAGACCUGCGGCGCAAGAGACAUGGCGAGAGGGUGAAUAUGAAGUGCACACGGCAUCCAAAGGGAAAUUAAACCGCCUCAUCACCUGAAAAGUGUUAAGCGACCUGCGCCAAACACCUAUAGAUGAUAUAGUAAUCAUUGGUUUUCCUGGGAAAAUUACAUACUAUACCCACCCAGUUCCCACCUUGCACUGCCGCCCCGUCAUCCGGGCAUUCAAACCUCCAAGAGGUAUCAUCGAGCAUGCCUCCGCCACUCGCAAAUAAGAGUAAAGGGAAGGGCCGCGAAGUUAGGAGAUCCCGAAGCCGCAACACAACUCCUAGCUCUGCUAGCACUAAUACCGUCACCGGGCUGGGCUCUCUGGACAAUGAUAUUUCAAAAAUGCUCGUGCCAACGACAGUGCAGUAUUCCGAUAUCCUUGAUAAGUUGGGUGGAAGCGGCCAGAUUCCCGAGCCAAGAGCGCUUGAGUCCUUAGUGGAGCAUCUCAAAACCCUCAGCCAGCUUGCUGAGGCAAGAGGCGAAGCAUGCAAUGCUGGAAUACGAGAGAUAUCACAGAAACGAAAAGAAGCCCUUGAGGAACUGAGGGAGCGCGAGCAAUUUAGUCGAGAUGCAGACGAACGAUUGAGAAUGAAGAGAGAGGCAGACGAUGACGACGAUGCGGGGCGAUCCUCCAAAGGGGGGAAGCUGAAAAGGAGAAAGGAUAGAGGGACUGUCAAAGAGGAUAGACCGCUAUCACACGGAGCUCAUGCUGUAGUCAAGCAGGAUGGAACAGAUUUGAAAACAGAUAUUCCACAUCGCCGCGGUGCGAAAGACUCGCUUAAUACAGCUUCAAUUCCUUCCAAGAAGUCAAAAAAUAUCGUGUCCAGUACUUCCUCGCUGUCGCCCACACCGUCUCCAGCGCCCACUGGCCCUGGAGAUCAGCUCUCAACUGCGGGUUCGCCCGAGUCCAUGGAUAGUUCAGAUUCUCACCAGCCGGAGCCGGCGCCAUCUAUUCCACAAUAUCAAGUGUUUGGGCCUGAUCCCCUCACAUUUGAUGAUCCCACUAUCUAUCAUAUCCGAGACGUUACCCCAGGAAUGACAGACGACGAGAAACGGAAGAUUUACAGUGUCGCACAGUUCCCAAAGAGUGAUCUCAGCCAUAUGAUGACGGGAACUCCUCCAGACAAAGAUUUCAGUAAUGCAAAGCCUACCAAUCAAGUCAGCGCCAACACAUUCGCCACCUAUAUUGAACCGUAUGUUCGUCCGCUAACGGAGGAGGACAUUGCGUUUCUUAAGGAGAGGGGUGACCGCACGACUCCUUUCCUCUUACCGCGUCGAAACAAAAAACACUACACUGAAAUCUGGGCUGAGGAGGACGGGUCAAUCAACGUUGAUUCUUCUACUCAAGAACGAGAGCAGCUUCCCCUAAACCAAGGCCGUGGAAGCAUUGAACAGAUGACAGAUGAAACUGCAGAAACAGAACAAAUCUCUGCACCUCCCCUCGUCAGCCGUCUAUACUCCCUGCUUCGUUUCGAACAUCGCACUCUACCGGAGGAAAACACGGCGGGAUCUAUUACUAACAAUGAGGAUGCCAAUACGAACCCCACAGUGAAUGGAGACACAAUGGAUUUAGACAACCUUGUGGGUGGUGCAGAGUCUGAUACGAAACCGUUUAACUCUGCGACAACCUUCGUGGAUGCGUCCCCGAAUGGUUUCAAGGUACCAGCCGCCAAGCUCGAACACGGACAGCUGGACGAACGACUGAAAGCUGAACUUCGCUACGUUGGGAUUUUUGGCCAGGAUGAUAACCCAGACUACGACGCACACUACGACGAUGACAUCGCGGAACGCCUACGUCUCUUACAGGCAGAAUUGAAGAAGCAAAUGAUUGUCAAUGGUGCCCGCAAGGCCCGGCUCCUUGAAAUCGCCCGCGAACGCCUUGCUUAUCAAGAGUACAGCACGAUCCACGACGACCUGGAUUCUCAAGUCCAACAGGCAUACCUUAAACGCACGCGCACGCUUGGCAAAAGCAAGAAGGGCUCGCAGGCUAAGCAUAGGCCUGGCGGUGCGGGCGGGGGUAGCCAUCUUGUGGCGCCCAAUGCUUCGGGAGCGGGUGUAAGCAGGCCAGGAAUUGGCGAUGUGGCCCGCACGCUGAUGGAUCGUCGGAAGCGGUGGGCUGAUUGCAUCGGUCCUGUGUUCAAAGAUUGCAAAACGACAGUGCCUGGAAAAGACGAGAGUAUCUUUGACCCUGCGCUCAUGGAGGAGUACGAGAAAGCGGAGUUGGAGGGUUGGGACGAGGAGCAAGAAUAGACCACCACCAAACAAAUCUUUUUGUUUCUAUCCUUUUCUUCUAUUCCACGGUAUUAUCCAAAUUUCCUAUUGCUUUUUGGGGGGGUGGUUUGUGGAUUGGGAAUGGUUUCAGUUUUUGUUCGUGAUAUCCUGCUCUUUAUUUUCUGGGUUUUUGUAGGAUUUUACCCGGUGUAGGCGUCUUCAGGGCAAGGUUUUAGGACGGAAAGGGGUUUGGGCGCGCUGUCAAAUAAGGGGGAAAGAACUAUUGGGAGGAUGUAAAUGUGCGUCUGGCUUAUUUUCUUUUUUUUAAAAAAAAAUUCAGGAAUCAUCACUGAUUCAAUGAACUCAUCCCAACGUUCACCGAGUCCAAUUUUUGCUGCCUUCACUCCCAUCAUAACGUCUGAUUCUGAGGAGUUAAGGAGAAAACGGGAUGUAUCCACCGUGUCAAGAAGUGCAAGAAGUGGACUUUUCUCUAACAUUAUCUACGUAAGAGGAUAUGGGUAUAUUGAUUGCAGUUAUAUAAAUCAUCCAAGUAAAGCACAGGCAUUCCGCGCACGGUUCCAGAUCCGGGAAAACAGCAACAACGUACAUCAUAAAUUAUCCAAUCUACCGAUCAAUAAUCUGUACCUCAAACGGAUACGACUUCAGCCGAUCGAUACUUUCCCAGUGUCUUAUCGUCAAUCAGGGCCUCCUCUUCGCCUCCCAAAGCGUAAUCAUCGUCCCUAUCAUCGUCAACGGCGUUGUCGUCGUUGGUAUACGAAGUAGUCGAAAACGCCGUCACAUCACUCCCGUCCCGCGAGCUAAUUGACCGACGACUCCACGUGGACAAACGACGUCCUCUCCCCCCUCCACCUUCUCCUGCUCCUCCUAAAUCAGAACCGCCACUGGCGACAGAUUCACUCUGAUUCUUUUGGGAAAAUGAUGAGGAGGACGAUGACGGCACAAGACCAUGCCGGUGUUGUCUUGCUGGUUGUGCUAGAUAUCCGGUUGCAAAGGCGUAUUUAUGAACACGAUACAGGAAACCCUUUAUGACGCCAAAUGUUAUGAAGCGUCUUAAAUCAAUGUUGGCAAGUUCGCGGCUGUGUUCGAUAUACCACUGUUUGACAGUCUUUCCCUGUCUAAGACUGGCGUAAAGCUCAAUUAGUCCGACCCCGUCAACGAUACUGGCGCGCUGGCCGGCGGGGUCACGGGAGGCAGUCCCCGAGUUGGCGACCAAAGGCCAUAUAUCAUCAUGGUCCACAUGGUCAUCUCUACGCCCCUUCGAUCUGCUCCGUGAACUGGAUGAUACGGUAGAUUGGGUGGAUGCGGUCACUGUCGGUGGUGCAGUUAUGCUUGGGGUGGGAGCGAAACGAGUAUUUACAUAUCGUGCGCAUUCACGCUGCAUGUCUUCGUCCACUGCGAUGGUUGAACCGAACUGAGCAGUUGGGGCAUAUAUUGCCGUAAAGGAGAAGAUAUCUAGGAGAAAUAUGCAGCCGUAGUAGAUCAAAUGUCGGAUCGCGCUGCAUGUCAAAGAAAAGUCCGUAUCUGCAAGCGCCGAAAUUAUGCGAACGCUGUUAACCCCGUUGAUAAAAGGUACGAUCUAGAGAAUGAGUAAGAAUGGUUUUCCCAUAUAAAUCAAAAGCCCGGCUCAUGCAGGUCCGACUGCGACCAAACUUACUCUUAGCAUUGUCAGAUCCCAGUUUUCAUCCACAAAGGCCUCAUAUCGAACCGUGAAUAGUGGUACAUGCCAGGCUUUCACCAUAGGUGGUGAGGGAUAAAUAGGGAAUAACUUGAUAUUCAGAGUGUUGAGUUCAUCUGACCGAGGGUGUCAGUUAACAAUCGCACUUACCACGGGGGUAAAACAAACUGUUCAAAAACGAGGGAGGCAAAUCCUUCAAGAAUACAGAUAAGACAACAUACCAAUUGGAAUCAUACACUCGCAAUAAUUAUUCAAAUCCUCCAUCAACGUCUCACACAGACUGUAAACCUUCCCUUCUCCGCCCUUCGAGAGAUCCUUUGACAAAAAUCCAGACUGCUCUUCUAGCCCACACAUUAGAUGCGCCAGCUUCUGCACAACGCUUUUGAAAGUGCCAAAUUCCUCAUCUUCCGCCAGCACGAUGCAGAAGUUGAAUAUAAACUCAUUUCGAUCGUAUUUCGGGGAGGUCAUGCACACGGGGGAGCCAACGAUGCGAUAACCACCAGAACAGACGUGGAUUAGAUUGCCGCAUAGUUCCUGUCGCGGAAUCACGAAGAAGGAUAUAUCAGAGAAAGUAAUCAGGGGAGGUUGGUUCGGAGGUGCUGUUGGGGACGGCACGAUGGCUCCAUCAGGAACCUGGUGAACGACCUUUGGGCCUGGAUAGAGAAGAUGCCUAUUAGCUUCGAGUUACAGCAUAAAACGUACGCGUGGAGCUUGCUAGUUACGUAGUGAGAUAUAAGGUCGGUCUCUUACCUUCCUGGGUGUCGAACUUGCUAUAGAAUAUUGCCUUGAUCAUUUUCGUUCAAUGCGGACAAAUAUAUAGCCUUGAAUACUAGGUGCAAGUACCAUAUCCUCGGGAUUUGGCGCGGUCGUCAUUAGUUAGACAAUAAUAGACAGCACAAUUGCUUAGCCUAUCCAUGGUCGCCUAGCUGAUCCUGUGCUUUGUUGCGCCAUUCAGAUACAUCAUACAAACCCUAUCGUUGGUCGAGGGCGCGCGCCUUCGGGUGUUUUGACGAUGGAGGAGCGAAGCUCAAGCUCCCAAGUCACAUGCUAGCUUCAACAGGACCUGUGGGUGUGUGUGUGGUGGGACCAACCAAUAAUACAAUUAAGCCCAAUGCAAC